AUGUCUCUUGUUUGGUUGCACUUGGGUCUCUGGAUCUCCGCACAUGUUGCAUUCAAACGUGACCUGAAAGCCAAUGGCAUGUUGUGGCUUCGUGCCUGCGCGUCGCAGAAUUUGCGGAAGGCUGUCAGCGCUGCUCAAGACAUGGCGUUCAAACAAACCUGCGGUCGCGCUAAGCGAUUUGCAUCUGUCUCACAGAGAAGGGUCGACCAGCUGCCAAUCCCAGAGGUUCUGAAACAGAACCUCAUGGGCAUGGGAGUGACAAAGCUAUUUGAUAUCCAGACGAAGGCAUUUGAUGCUAUCCUUCGUGGCAAGAGUUUUGUCGGACGAUCUAGAACGGGCACCGGCAAAACUGUUGCGUAUUUGCUACCUCUUUUAGAGCGCAUGCGCCACGAAAAGAUGACUUCUGCCCAUUCCUUGAUCAUUCUCGUUCCAACCAGGGAGCUUUGCAAGCAGGUGGGAAGCACUCUGCUUUCGCUAUCCGUCAAUUCUGAUGUUGCGCUGGUCUAUGGAGGUCCAUCUCUGGACUCGCAGGAGCAGCUUGUGAGACUGGGUGCUUCAACUGUUGUCGCAACACCUGGCCGAUGUGCAACGCUGAUCACUCGAGGUGCGAUAGACACAAAGAAUGUCCGAGCACUUGUGAUUGAUGAAGCGGAUGCUAUGUUUGGACCGGAAUUUCUUGGGAAAGUGGAACGAGUGAUGAAUGCUGUUGCCAAGCAGGGCCUGCAGCAAGUUCUUUUUUCUGCUUCGCUGCCUCCUGAUGUCUUGACAUUGAUUCACACACAAUUUCCAGAUCACGAGUUUGUGGAUUUGGUGGAUCGCCGUAGCAAGUCGGGUGACGCAGUUGUUCAAUCAGUCGACCAUCGUUUGUGCAAGCUUGAUGACAGAAGGCUUCCUGUACGAGUGCGUAUACUCCUCCACGUUCUCAGUGAGAGGUUGGAUCUUUCUGGUGAGCGCUGUAUCAUCUUCGCUGACACCACGCGAGAAGCCAGAACGUUGCUUUCUCAUCCUGCCCUGGGGCAUCGCGCCAAAGCAGUACACAACGAGUCAAGCCCUCAUGACCGCGAUCGCACUCUGACGGCAUUUGCAAAUCUCGAGUUUGACGUUCUGAUCACCACUGACAUUAUUAGUCGUGGCAUUGACUUUGCAGAUGUGAAGCUCGUUUUGCAGCUGCAUCCUCCAAAAGAAGCUGUGCAGUAUAUUCAUCGGUCUGGCAGAACUGGACGUGCUGGGCAGGGUGGCACUUGCAUCACAUUUUACGAUGCGUCGCAGAGGAAAUUGGUUCAACGAAUUCGGUCUCUGACGAACCACGACUUCGCCAUGCUCCCUCUGCCCGGCCCUGUGAACAUUCACAAUGCCUCCGUCAGCAGAUUGUUGGAUCAGAUUUUCAGCGUUCAGCCAGAGGAAUAUGAACAAGUCAUGGAAGAAGCUUCGCAGCUCCUCGAAGAACAAGGUCCUCAAGCUCUCGCAACUGCCAUGGCCAUUCUGGACAGUCGGCAUGCAGACUUGCAACGAGCUGUGCGUGACCGCCCAUCUAUUCUCAGUGGAAGAAAGGGCUACAUUUGCAUUUUGGCGAAUGAUCCUGACCAUAGCAUUGCCAGCACAGAGGGCGAAGCCCGGCGCAUCGUGGGUUCUCUUCUGCCAAAGACCGCCAUGGUUGGUCGAGUUGCCAAAGUGAAAGGGGGCUGGGCGCUGGAUGUGGAACACCACCAUGCAAGCCGAUUGGUCGAGGACUUGCGUUCCGGGCGUCAAUCAGCUCCCUUUGAAGUUGUUGUGUGCCAGCGACUGCCAAGGGUGCUUCGUGUUGCUUCACGCUCUGCUAGACGAGCAAAGGCGCCGUGGAGUUUCCAGCGCAAGUCAGCAUUUAGCAAGCGCAGAAAAGGCGUCCGAACGAACUUCGCAAGCUCGGAAAAGGCAGCUGAGGGAGGGCUCUUUUCUUUGGCGGUGCCCUCGAGAGCCUUCAAGCUGUGGGUUCGAAACGGUUUGGCGGUCAGCCUGCCAGCCGUUAGCAGGUUCGCGUUUGAGCGGCUUGUACUUGUCGUGCCGAGUGCCGAGAUGGCAGCAGUUCCGGCCCGCGAAGCGGAACCAACAAGUCCAACAAGCCCAGCAAGCACAAAGACUAACAAGGAACAGAUGGAGGAAGAAGCUCGAAAGCAUUUGAAGGAUUUGGAAGCACAUGUGCAGAUCAAAAGCCGCGAGGAGUUGAAAGAAGCUGCCAAAAUGCACAGGGACAAGAACGCAUGUACCGAGUUUGAUGAGACCACAGGACGCUACAAGUACAAGUCUUGUUGCGGCACUGGAGCGUCCGAACUUGGCGUCUUUGGGGUUGGCGUAUCUUUGUACUUCCAAUUCAUCAGGCAGAUGGGUCUUGUGUUUUUGCUUUGUGCCAUCGUGGUUGGGGGCAACUCCGCCCUUAACAUCAUGGGCAACAUGGUGAAUGAGAACAGCGCCCUCUACAAGUACUUGGGGAUGACUACGAUUGGGAACCUGGGAGCUUGUGAAGGUGGUCGGUGCACAACAGAUGAAGAGGUACAGUCGCGCUGUGCCUGGAACCAGUUCCCAUGUGAAGUGCCUCUGAGGGACGUGACGCAAUGGCUUGGUUUGGCAGAUGGUCUCGGAAUUCUCAUCGUGCUCGCUUGGGGCAUCUUGUUUCAACGUUGCCACAUUCCCCGAGUUGUGCGAAAGAAUGACGAUGCCCAUCUUACUCCUCCAGAUUUUGCUGUUGACAUUACUGUUCUGCCCUACAAAUUGGCCGAUGGUCAUGAACAAUAUGAACAGAAAUUGAAACAGCACUUCAUCUCGAUCCUCCAAAGCCUUGGCAUUGAAGACCCUUCUGCAGUUGCGGAGGUGUGCUUGGUGAGGAACUACGACGGUGCCAUCAGCACUUUUCUAAAGAAAGGGAAUCUCCUUCUAAGCCAACAUGGAGACAUCAUUCGGAUGAAGGAAUUGGAAGGAAAAGAAGAUGCUGCGAGCAAGAAAAGCUAUGCCAGCUUGGAGAAGAAAAGUAUCAAAAAGUACAUCCAGAUGAAACGUAUCGAGCGCAGCAUCAGAACCCAAGCAGAGAUGAGUGAUGAACAGCGUGGUGUCGUUCGUGCCUUCGUGACGUUCUCCAAAGCUUCGUACCAGGAGAAGAUCUUGGAUCACUAUCGCUUCUCGCGUUUCAUCAUGUUUCGAUGCUGCCAGAACAAGGAUCUUCGUUUCGAAGGCUCCCCACUUUUGAUCCAAGAAGCUUGCGAGCCAAGUGACCUCUACUGGGAGAACUUGGACUUUGCUCCCUGGAAACGCUACUGCCGCGUUUGUUUCGUGAUUCUGCUCACCUUUAUGUUCCUCAUCAUUUGCUCUGCGGCCCUGGUCUUCUUCCAGUCAUUGUCCAAAUCCACCCUUGCCAACAUGAAUGAGCAACUGGUUUGGGUCGUGAAGUCCACACCAGACAGCAACACAUGCUUGGGAUUCUGUGAUUUGGACUUGUUCGCAGACCGUUUGUGCAGUGGGGAUCCAUCAAGCAGCUGGGAGACUGUGAAGUAUUUUGACCAGUUCAAUGACUACGUGAGCGACUAUGGCACCUGGGGAAGCGAUUGUUCCAACAACUGGACAUCACCAUGUUCUUCCGCAACCUUGAGGUCUCAGCAUGCUGGUACAUGUGGUGUCACGGACUCAGAGGCAUCCAUGAAUACAGAUUGGAUUGGCAUUGAGUUUGAGAGCAAACAGCAGGUCCAGUGUUGGCAAGCGACUUUCCCCCCUUCGAUCAAGCCUGAAGAAGUGCAACUGUUCGCAUGUCCAAGCGCACCUCCAGCGGCUGAAAACCGGACAUGUUGGAAUGUUGAAGAAAACUGCGCUCCUAUGUAUCUCAAUGCACUUACCCCAGACUCUCAGAAUGUUGCCUGGACAAGCACAGACAACAAGGUGUCGCAAGACAUGUCAUGUUCGACGGAAAUCACUGUGGAGGUGGCCAAGGCUAGAUGGGAGAGUUUUGCUUCUGGAAGCGAUGAGAGGAUGCUGAAUCCAAUCAUCAAUUGCUUUUGUCAGCAGCAAACCCUCAGCCAGGGAGCGGGCGUUGCUUUUCCACCAUAUGACACCGAUGAAAAGAUGAUUUGUGAAGCUUGGAUCAUGAACAACGCGGCUGUUGUCGGAAAGGUCGUUGGUGCUGCUCUGGCUGUGCUGGUGAUAAAUCAAGUGCUCUUGUUGAUUUACGAGUACCUGGUGGCUUUCGAAAGGCAUUGCACAGUGACAGAAGUAACACUGAGCCAGUUCUGGAAGCUGUUUUUGGCGCAGAUGGUGAACACGGCAUUGCUGGUUCUCUUGGUGAACGCGUCUUUGAAUUUGCCUCCAGUUCUCCAAUUCCUUCAGGUCUUUCAAGUGGGUUCGGGCCAAUUUGAUGAGCUGUCAGUGACGUGGUAUGUGUCUGUGGGCACCGGCAUUUGUAUCACCAUCUUCAUGCAGGUCUUUAGCACAACCGUGCCACCUCUGAUCAUGGCCUUCAUCGUGAAGCCGUGCUUGUCAUGUUGCGUUGCACGUGGAGAAGUAGUUCAAGCACGUUUGAACGAAAUCUACGUGCUUCCUCCAUGGAACUUGUCCUUGAGGAUGGCUCAGACACUCACGGUGGUAUUUGUCAUUUGCAUGUAUUCAGGUGGGAUGCCUUUGUUGUACGUCGUGGGUUUCAUCUACAGCAUUGUCGCCUUCUGGUUGGAUAAAUGGUGUUUGCUCAAAGGCUCCUCCAAACCACCUGCAUACAACCAGAGCAUUCUCAAUGUGUGCUUGAACUUCUUGCCUCUUGCCGCAUUCCUGCACACAGUCAUUGCUGGGUGGACCUAUGGAAACCAGUCAUUGGUGCCCAGCAAUUGGAGCAAUUUGCUCUUUGUGGCAGAGAUGCUUUUCCUGUCUGAGGAGGAAUAUAACUCUGUGACAGCUGAGUACCUCUCCGCACCAGCGAUUGAGAAGCCCAGCUUGCAGUGGAAGUACUAUGAAGCCCGAAUGAUGGAUAUGGCUCGCCAGGGCUGCUGGUUGAUUUUCUGCAUCUUCUUGGUCUUCUGUGUGUACUACAUCCUCUUCUGGUUGUUCAAACUCCUUCUGAGGCCUUUCUUGUCUCCAAUCUUGUUCGCACUACAUGACUGCUGCUGCAAGAAGAAGCUUGAAGAGGGAGAGUCUGCCACCUGGGAGGCUUGCCUCGAGGAGUGUCGACGCAAAAAUGUCCUGACCUCAUAUGCUUUGAAUCAGAAUGACAAGUACCACGCGGCAGCUUUGGCGAUUGCACAUGGAGAUGACCAGGUGAGAAAGACUGAUACCAAGCAAGCAGAGCUGUAGGCAGAGCUGUGAGAGCUUUCCCUGGCGAACCUCUGUGUAAACCUGGGCCGGGCAAAUGCCCCUAAUUUUUGGCUCAUGUUUUCAACACCGUGCCUGCAUUGCGCCGAUCAUUUUGGAUGCCGGCUCCAGGCCUGAAUUUGUUGCACUUGUUGCAUGUUGUAGGUUUGUCUGACCUCAAGGGUCUGCAAGGCUGCAGAACUGUGCGUGGAACGUGCACAACUUGCCACGCAAAGACUUGGAUGUCCAUGACUUCCACUCGGCCUCAACACAAAUGUGGGCUGCUCCUGCUGAAAAAUCACUCCAGGAGCGAGAUAGGCAGGAGCUCGAAGGAAAAAGAAGAAGCUCAAAGUUGUUUAUGA